AUGGAAGAUUUACGAACAACGUUCCGGAUUUGUUGGUCCGCAUCUUCUAACGCCGUCUUGGAAGGUGGAUUUUGCACCAUUCCGUACCUGUAUCUGGGGUACACAUACUCGAAUAUCAGCUUCAGUUUCUGUUCGGGCUUGAGACUAAGUCUUGCCGCCGUUUUGCAGCAGAAAACGAAUUCCUUCGCGUUGUCUUUGCUAGAAAUUCCUCCUUUCCAAGGAGUGAAACUGACACCGAGGAAGCAAUUAGCCACGAAGGCUGCCCGUAAAAGUGCUCCUGCUACUGGCGGAGUUAAGAAACCUCACCGUUAUCGUCCGGGAACUGUGGCUCUCAGAGAAAUUCGUCGUUAUCAGAAAAGUACCGAAUUGUUGAUCAGAAAAUUGCCUUUCCAACGGCUGGUCCGUGAAAUAGCGCAAGAUUUCAAGACCGAUUUGCGAUUCCAAAGUUCUGCUGUAAUGGCACUCCAAGAAGCUAGCGAAGCGUACCUGGUCGGACUAUUCGAGGAUACGAACUUGUGCGCGAUCCACGCUAAGCGAGUAACGAUCAUGCCGAAAGAUAUACAGCUGGCAAGACGUAUUAGGGGCGAACGUGCCUAA